AAAUAGUAGAUUUUCACUAGGAGUCGUUGUGUUUGUAGAUUGUAUUUAUUAGUACAUUGAGGGCACGGUUGUCACCGAUCAAUCUCGGUUGCAUUUGAAUGUAUAUAGUUUAUCCUGAAAUUUUGUGGAUGUAGUGUGCUAUACGUACGUAUGUAGCAUUACUGUCAAUAUUUAUCGAAAUGUGGUGAUUGCACGCUGUAAUUGUCGAUCGGACACACGAAAACAAAUUUUGUGCAAAAUUUGUAUCUAUAUUUAAAAGCGUAUUAAUAUUAAAACAUUUAUCAAAAUGACGAUUAUCACUCAAGCUGUUACUGGAAAGGAGGAUAAAAAGGAAAAACCAUUAGUUGUUGAGAAGAAUACAGUAGAAAAUGGUAAAAAGGAUGUAGAGGCACAAUGCUUGAAACCUGAUGUAGGAAGUCAUUACUUUGUUUCUCGUAGAAGCGUAUAUCGUAUUAAUGUAACUGAAAAGUCUUUAUUGUUUCUUAUUGCUCUGAUGAUCUUCAUAACUGUAAUUAUUGGAGCACGCAUAUAUGGACAAUAUAGUAGUCUCAAGAUGCAUUGGCAUAAAACUGGAUGGUAUAGCAUUCCCUAUGAUAAAUUAAAUCAAGGAAUACAUACUUUAGAUGGAUUUCAUCCAGAUUUAAUAGCAGAUAAUGAUUUGGCCAUAAAAAGUUUGACAAAAUCUAUACAACAAGAAGAUUAUGACAGAGCAUUGAGGAAUAUGAGGGAUAAAAUAUAUAAUUUCAGUAGAAGUUUCUUCAGGGAACAAUUUGAAAUAGAUUUGGAAAAUGGGCACUAUGAAAAAGUUUAUGUACUAGGUUUUCGUACUGGUCAUCAUGAUCGAUUUAUACAUGAUUUUACCAUUAACAAAACUGUUAUUAUUGAUAUUGGUCGGCGGUCUUGUUUGGUAAUGCCACUUAAUUACGAAACAGUUUUACCACCAUGUACUCUAUAUGAACAUCUCAAGAAAAUUAACAAUGGUGAUGCUGAGAUAGAUAGAGAAAUUGUGCGUGAAACAUUAAAGAUAAUCACACCACCAAUUAUUGAUAUGUCAAUUAUUGGACCAUACAUAGCUCAUGAAUGUCAAGGUCUAUCAGUAUUCAUGGUGAAAAGAGUAAAUACAAAUGUUGUUAAACGCAGCAUAUCAAAUGCUGUGUUUGGGCAAUUUGCAGGCAAAAAUAUCAUAGAAUUUGAUAUUUUGAAUUUAGAUGAUGUUGAGGCAUAUAACAAGAACAAUUCACAAAAUUGAACAACAGGAAUUUAUAAUCAUUUUAGAAUAUUUAUUACUGUAGAUCAAUGUAUAAAAAUUAUA